AUGUUCGGAGGCAAGCCGUACCUGUGGGCCUGCGCGCUGCUUGCGUUCGCGUCUUCCAGUCUCGUCGUGGACGCGCAGUCGACGUACGACGCUAUUGUUGUUGGCAGUGGACCUGGUGGACUUGCUGCAGCCGAGUUCCUCUCGCGUGACCCGAGUGUCUCCGUGCUGAUCGUCGAGGCUGGCCCCAAGUCCCUUGCUGCUACCGGCGGCACUGUGAGCCCGGACUACGCCACCGGCAAGGGUCUCGCGACGUUCGACAUCCCUGGCGAAUACGAAGGCACCAUCUACAACUCCAAGUACUCGCAGUACCGUGUGGACUGGGUCAGCGAUACCUACCUGUGGCUCGGCAAGCUCGUCGGCGGCUGCUCGUCGAUCAAUGCCGCGCUUUACUUCCGGCCCCCGAACGAGUACGUGACCAACAUGCAGUGGCCGUUUACGGCGGAAUCCAUGGUCGCCAAGAUGGACGAGAACGAGAAGCUGCAGGGCCACACGGACAAGCCUUCGACGGAUGGCCAGUGGUACACGCAGGAGGGCUACAAGGUUGUGGCCAAGGCAUUCCUGGCCCAAGGUUACACUGAGAAGACGCUCAACGACGUUGCAGCACGCAACAACAAGCACAAGACCUUCGGCCACGCUCCGUUUGCCUUCAAGAACGGCCGCCGCAACACCCCCGCCAACUCUUUCUGGGGUGCUAUGAGCAAGCGCCCCAACGUGAAGCUCGUUACGGACACCAAGGUCGACUACGUCUUACACUCGGCUGGGAAGGCUACGGGCGUCGUGUACGGCGCCAACAAGGCUCAGCUCUCGAAGCGCGGUACGGUCAUCAUGGCUGCCGGCGCGCUGGGCACGCCCAAGGUGCUCAUCCAGAGUGGCAUCGGCCCUGCCGACCAGCUCAGCCUGCUCAAGGGCAACAGCAACUUCACCGGCCUCUCGCAGGGUGAGUUGAUCACAAACCCGUACGUCGGUCGCAACCUCUUCGACACUAACGUCGUCUUCGCCUCCUUCUCGCACCCGGACAUGAAGACCUUCCGCUACACAGACCACCCGUCGUGGGCCAUUGACCAGUACAUGAACAAGAACGCCACUGGCCCGUGGAGCAGCUCCGGCCCGGUGCUCAUCGGCUACGAAAACUUCAACGUGCAGGGCCGCGCGUACGAUUUCCAGACCACGGUGCUGACCCACGGCUUCGGCGAGUUCUCCAAGCGCGACGACGCGCUCACGAUCGCGUUGUACGUGAACAACCCCGAGGGCCGCGCAGCUUCGGGCUUCGACGGCAACGGCGCCUGGCACGCGUUCAAGGAAGGCACGCCCUUCUUCGGCACGAACCGCGACUUGGUGGCGAUGCAGCAGUACGCUCAGCACGUGGUGAGCGCCAUGACGGCCCAGGGCGCCACGUUCCUGUCCGGCGGCUCGGACGCCGCCGGUGUGGCCAAGUGGGUGGCCGCCAACGCCGGCCAGGCCACGCAGCACUUCGGAGGCAGCUGCUUCGCGUCGACUGACGCGUCCUCUGGAUCCAAGCGCUGCGCGGACAACAAGCUGCGCGUGCUGGGCACGAGCAACAUCUUCGUCGCGGACGCCAGCGCCAUGCGCGACGGCACGGUGAACCCCUUCGGCUUCAUCACGUACAUCGGGCGCGAGGCUGGUGGCCAGGCCGCCAGCUACAUCGCCGCGGGCGGCGUCGGCAGCGCCUGGGCCGUGCAGAAGCCCGCGCAGGGCGCCAGCUGCGGCAAGAUCGAGGAGAACGUCGACUACGCGGGCAACGACGUGGGCAGCGCCAGGAGCAGCUCGGCCGAGGGCUGCUGCUCCAUCUGCCAGACCACCGGCGCGUGCAAGGUCUACACGUGGACCAACUACAACGGCGGCACCUGCUGGCUCAAGAGCGCCAAGGGCGCGACCUCCACCAACGCCGGCGCGCGCUCGGCGGUGCUCAACUAG